AGGUUUCCCGAAGCUUCGGGAGGUUCUGCUUCCGAUUUCCGCACAAGGUCAAAUCUUUUGAGUUCGAUCAUAUUCUCUGAACGCAGUCCGUACUGCAGGGUAAUGAUGGGUCGAAGAAAAGUGACAAAUAAUGCAAAAUCUGGUGGCAAGUCUCAGAGAAAAUUAAAACUUGUUACACCUAUGGAUGAAGUAGUAGGAUCAAGAGUCAAGUCCAAGAGAAAAUUUAAAUCCAUUACAUCAAUGAAUGAACCAAUCUCAGGUGUCAAAACCAGGAGAAAAAUAACUUCCCUUUCGUCCAUUUAUGAAGCAGUCUCAGGCAACAAAAACAAUCAAAUAUUAAAUCCCCAUGCAUCAGUUGAUGAAGCAGACCCAAGUGGCAAGCCCAAGAGACAACUCCGUUCAUCAAUGGAUCAAUCAGUCCCAUGUGAAAAGUCCAAGACAAAAUCAAAUCCACAUGCAUCAAUUGAUAGAGAAAUUCCAAAUGAUAAUACCAGGAUAAACGUAAACACUGGACUGGAAUCAUUUGAUUGGGGGCGGGGUAAUGUGUUAGAAACCAUAGGAUUAUCAUCAGAAUCAACGGAACAAACUCCUCCUAUUGCCACAAGUGAAAGUGAUAAUCCUAAUCACAUAUUGGACGAAGUCACCCCUUCCAUUCGAAGGAGCUUUAGAGUGAGAGGGAAGAACAAGUGCAGGUCUUUGGAAAAACUGAAUACUGGAGAAAAACUUUCCGUAACAUUCUAUAGAGACCGAGCUACUGGAUUAAAUCACAAAAUUUUUACAAGAUAUCUUGGCAUGAUUGUGAGGGAUACAAACAUAUGUCCAGUUCGAGUGAGUGAUUGGAACAAGAUAGAUGAAGAUGCACUGAAUCGUAUGUGGACUGCUGUUACGGACAAAUUCAUAAAUGAGCACAUGGAGCUUUACCGUGAGCCAACCCUAAAACACAUGCAUGUCUUGUGGAAGAAUUGGAGAGCAGAGAUGAAUGCAAAGUAUGUAAAACCUUGCGGAAAUCAAUCGGAAGUGUUUCAAAAUGUACCUAAUGACAUGGAGAAAGGAGAUUGGGAGUGGUUGGUGAAAGAGUAUUACUUGAGUGAGAAAUAUCAGGAAUUAAGCAAAAGGAAUUCAAAGAAUAGGCAAAGUAAAUCCAUACCUCCUCAUCGUACAGGAAGCAAACCCUUUAGACAUAUCGAAUAUGAAAUGGGAGGAAAAGAUGGAAAUCCACCUAAUAUUGCAAGUAUGUUUCACGAGACACGAAAAAGUGGAGAAGGCAUUGUUGAUUUAGAAGCCAUAGAAAAAUAUAAUGAGAUUUGUGAUCUGAUGGAAAUGGAACCUAGCCUUUCAAAUAUGGAAGUAAUUGAGAAAUGCUUUGGAACUCAAAAGCAUGAUCAUGUUAUUGGUUAUGGAGGAGGAGUGAAACCAAAAGAUAUGAGGGGACCUGUUGUUGUUACUCCUUCAAAGGUAGAAGAACUUCUUUAUCAGGAAAAUAAGGUGCUUAAGACAACAAUUACUAACUUGGUUGGAGAAAACGAAACACUUAAAGCAUCGGUCAAUCAUUUAGCGGAUGAGGUCAAACUUAUCAAAGAGAUGAUGCUCCAGAAUCUAGCAUCAUCUUCUUCUAUUACUACUCAACCUCCAAUAACAUUGAUGCCCGGGGAAAAACAAGGAGCAAAUUCGUUGUUGAUGCUCCGAGGAUGCAGAACAAAGAGAAGGAGCAAGAGGUUGAGGUGAAAAGUUGUUUUUGUUUAUUAUUUACAACUUCAGAAACAAAUACUAUAUAUGGUUUGGAACUAGAAUUUUGAGUAGAAUGUGUUUUAUCUUCUAUGAUGUUAAAAGGAUCUGGAAUUGAGUUUAUUUAAGUAACAAUAUAAGCACUUGAAACUUUUUU